AUGGCUCCCGCGCAGGCCUCAGACCCUGAGGUCGACGUCGACAUGGUGCAGGACGACGACGACGAUCAGGUGGAGCGCCUGAUCAACGAAGAAUACAAGACGUGGAAGAAGAACAGCCCCUUCUUGUACGACAUGAUUCUAGGAACCGCCCUGACCUGGCCUACCCUUACCGUCCAGUGGUUUCCUGAUGUCAAAGAGCCCAAAGACAAGAACUAUCGGAUGCACCGCCUUCUGCUUGGCACCCACACCUCGGACGAGAGCACCAACUAUCUCCAAAUUGCCGAUGUGCAGAUUCCAAACGCUGUCGCGCCCAACCCCGACAACUACGACGAAGAGAGGGGGGAGAUAGGCGGAUAUGGAAAUGCCGGCGACGUCGCUGCAAUCAAGUGCGACAUAGUGCAAAAGAUUGAGCACCCAGGCGAGGUCAACAAGGCCCGCUAUCAGCCCCAAAACCCAGACAUCAUCGCUACCUUGUGCGUCGAUGGCAAGAUCCUCAUCUUCGACCGCACAAAGCAUCCCCUUCAGCCAGCCGCGCCCGGCAAGAUCAAUCCCCAAAUCGAGCUUAUCGGCCACAGGGCUGAAGGGUUUGGCCUCAGCUGGAACCCCCACGAGGCUGGCGGCCUGGCAUCAGGCAGCGAGGACAAGACCAUGUGUCUGUGGGACCUCAAGACCCUUGAGGCAGACUCCAAGUCGCUGCGGCCUGCUCGCAGGUACAAUCACCACACGCAGAUUGUCAACGAUGUCCAGCACCACCCCAUCGCCAAGAGCUUCAUCGGCACAGUUUCGGAUGAUCAGACUUUGCAGAUUGUCGACGUCAGACAGAGCGAGACGAGCAAGGCAGCGCUCGUCGCCAAGCGCGGCCAUCUCGAUGCUAUUAAUGCUCUGGCCUUCAAUCCAACCUCGGAGAUCCUUGUUGCCACGGCUUCUGCAGACAAGACAAUCGGCAUCUGGGACUUGCGAAACGUCAAGGAAAAGGUGCACACGCUCGAAGGUCACAACGACGCGGUGACGUCUCUGUCAUGGCACCCGACCGAGGCUGGCAUUCUAGGCAGCGGCAGCUACGACAGAAGAAUCAUUUUCUGGGACCUGUCUCGCGUGGGCGAGGAACAGCUUCCCGAUGACCAAGACGAUGGCCCCCCUGAACUGCUUUUCAUGCACGGCGGGCAUACCAACCAUCUGGCCGACUUCAGCUGGAAUCCCCACGAGCCAUGGCUCGUGGCCAGCGCUGCGGAAGACAAUCUCUUGCAAAUCUGGAAGGUGGCAGAGUCCAUCGUCGGUAAGGACGACGGUGAACUGCCUCUCGAUGAGCUUGACCGAUAG